CCCCUCACGGUCCGUUCCACUGCGUUCUGAGGGCGUUCAGGGAAUUCACUCACUUCCCCUUCCUCGAUUCCUACCGCAAAGAUAACCGGGCAGGAAGGGAAGAGCCCAUUCAGACUCGUGCUUCUGAGAGCAGUGGUUUCGCAGUGUGCCCACAGGGCUCGGCCUUCAAAACACAGCAGCUUGGAAGGCCGCUGUGUUCGCUGUUAUCAGAGGUUCCUCUGCUGUUUGUCCUGUGACACACUGAGAUAUGUUUAGGUCUCGCUUUCGACAAGAUUAGAUGGGCAGCUGGUGAGGUAGAUGUCACUUGUUGUCCCUGGCAAGCUGAAAGGAAGAACUGGGCAACAUCGGUCCCACUUGCCGGCUUUCAGCCUGAAGCUGCCGUGUACGAUUGAUGUGGCAAUAGACGUCCGUGCCCAGCAGCACAUAGUCAUGCUGGGAUGCUAAGAUCUUCAUGCAACUGGCUGAAAAAUGGUUCCACGAGAUGGCAAUCCCAACUCUAACACUAUUAAAAUGGAGAUUAUCUUCACUGUGACAUGAUCUGUGAAAUGUGUUAGCAUUUUCUGUUUCUGUUUUACGCUUACCGUGGAAGGUUACAAAUGGUGUGGGUUUUUAUCAUGAAUCGAAUGAGCUCUCAGAGCAGUUCAUCUUCUCAGCGUAGAAGAAUGGCUCUAGGAAUUGUCAUUCUUCUCCUUGUUGAUGUGAUAUGGGUUGCCUCUUCUGAACUCACUUCGUAUGUUUUUACGAAGUACAACAAACCCUUUUUCAGUACAUUUGCAAAAACAUCUAUGUUUGUUCUAUACCUCUUGGGAUUUAUUGUUUGGAAACCGUGGAGGCAACAAUGUACGCGUGGGUUUCGCGGAAGGCAUGCAGCUUUUUUUGCAGAUGCUGAAGGUUAUUUUGCAGCUUGUACGACAGAUAAUGCUGUAAACAGUUCUCUGUUGGAGAGAAAUGGACUGCCUUCCUUCCAGUGGAUGAAGUGUUGCAGUUCACUGAAUCAAAUGCCAGUACUGAGCGAACCUUUAUAUGUUCCUGUAAAGUUCCACGAUUUGCCAACUGAAAAAAGUGGCAGUAAUAAUAAUGAUACAGAGAAAACUCCCAAAAAGCCUCGUGUGAGGUUCAGUAAUAUUAUGGAGAUUCGGCAACUCCCAUCAAGCCACGCACUGGAAGCCAAGUUGUCUCGCAUGUCAUACCCAGCAGUUAAGGAGCAGGAAUCAAUAUUAAAAACUGUAGGAAAACUCACUGCAACUCAAGUAGCAAAGAUUAGCUUCUUCUUUUGCUUUGUGUGGUUCUUGGCAAAUUUCUCUUACCAAGAAGCUCUAUCAGAUACCCAAGUUGCCAUAGUUAAUAUCUUGUCUUCAACCUCUGGGCUUUUUACUUUAAUCUUAGCUGCAGUCUUUCCAAGUAACAGCGGAGAUAGAUUUACUCUGUCCAAAUUAUUGGCAGUUUUUUUAAGCAUUGGUGGUGUGGUACUUGUUAACCUUUCUGGAUCUGAGAAAUCUCCUGGAAGAGAUACAAUAGGUUCCCUUUGGUCUCUUGUAGGAGCAAUGCUGUAUGCUGUGUACAUAGUGAUGAUAAAAAGAAAAGUUGAUAGAGAAGAUAAACUCGAUAUACCAAUGUUCUUUGGUUUUGUAGGACUGUUCAAUCUAUUGCUGCUAUGGCCAGGGUUUUUUCUGCUUCACUAUACCGGCUUUGAAGCAUUUGAGUUUCCCAGUAAACUGAUAUGGAUGUGUAUUGUCAUUAAUGGCCUUAUUGGAACAGUUCUGUCAGAGUUCCUCUGGUUAUGGGGCUGCUUUCUUACCUCAUCACUGAUAGGCACACUUGCGCUAAGCCUUACGAUACCUCUGUCCAUAAUAGCUGACAUGUGCAUGCAGAAGGUGCAGUUCUCUUGGCUGUUUUUUGCAGGGGCAGUACCUGUAUUUUUUUCUUUUUUCAUCGUCACUCUUUUAUGUCAUUAUAACAACUGGGAUCCUGUGAUGGUGGGAAUCAGAAGAGUUUUUGCCUUUAUUUGUAGAAAACAUCGAAUUCAGAGAAUGCCAGAAGAAAGUGAGCAGUGUGAAAGUCUUAUUCCUAUGCACAGUGUUUCACAAGAUGGAGAUAGCUGCUGUUCAUAGACAAAAGUUUAAAAAUGGAUUGAUGCCUAGUGAAGAGACAAUCUUCUGGAGAAGUCCCAAAGGAGUAAUGUUUCAGUGCCUAUUCUGAAUUUUUAGUAAAAAUGAGAAGUUUCUGUUCUUGUGAAACUCUAAACAUCUUUGUUGCUUUCAUCUGAUUUUAUAAAUGAACAAAUUCACUCCACGCGUAUCAACGUAGGGGAUCUUAGUCCAUCUGAGCAACCAACCUGCCUUACUACACUGAGCUGGUGAAGUUACUUGACAAAAUCAAGCGAAUGAAUGCUGUUAAGUGAUUUCUUUCUCUUUUUAACUCUCGGUUUUGUUAAAUGCUGGACAAGGUUAUUUUAAAAAAUACUUCCAAUGAGUUAUGUAAAUAAGUUUGCAGGUCAUCACGUCCUACAGGCUUUCAGAUGAAAAGCUAAAUAGAUACCUUACCUGUAGUAGGUACAAAUUAACUUUUUUAUGUUGUAUAAACUAUUUGCAUAUUAAUAGAGGAAAUAGUAAAAUAAUUUAUUAAGUGAAUUCUUGUAAUUAUUAAGGCAAGAUCUUUGUACAGUCCUGGAACACUACAUAUAUAUAGUCUUACCCCAUUCUGAGAAGCCUUGUAACGGCAGUGGGUGCUGCUGUUUAAAAAUCCUUUGCUUCUAAUGAUCUGGAAUGUUUGAAAUCACAAUGAAUGAAAGAAUAUUUAUAAUUGCAGUACACUGGGUGUGUGUUCUCAAGAACAGUCUCUUAAGAAGACCAACACUGUAACCCAUCGUGAUUCCAAAUGAUUUCAAAUAGAAGGCUUAAUUCGAAAACUUUCAUUUCUGUGGUUGCCAACUUAGGAAAGAGAUCACAAUAAGUUGUUAAGAUUUUCCGUUGUGGGUUGGCACUACAGCCAUCUACUAAACAGUGUGAAAGCUAAAAAAUAAUUGCAUUGAUUUAUUUUUUUUUUUCCAGUUGCAUUAAUAAAUUUAUUCGAAAAUGGAUUGUUUUCCUUACAACCUGUAUCUUCCUCCUACUGCAGCUUUUGUCUUAUUUGAUUCUAAGAAGUUAUGAAUAAUUACGUUCAAGGAUAUUUGAAAUAAAUCAGUGACAUUUUCCAAUUUCUGGCCUAUAAGACACUUCCAUUAAAAAAAAGAAAGUCUUUUGAUAGAUUUUGUUUUCUUAUAAUGAAUGUAGGACAGACUUUGAGUUGGUAGUAUAUUUUCUUCCACAUAACAAGGCUAUUAAUAACAGCGUAUUCUUAUCCUUCCAUACAGAUAGGAAAGGAUAACAGCAAAUGCCUUUUCAUGUUUUGAACCUCUAGUAAUGAUCCUUCCAAGAGAUGAUUUGGUGAUAUGACUUGUAGACUAGAUGGAAUUCAAGAAAGCAAUGUGUUCAGUAAGUUUUAAGGAUUGACUCAAACAGCAGAUAGAAUGUAACAUUCUGAAUGUAGAGAAGAAAAAAGAUACGAGGGGAAGAAAAGGGAAUCUGGGGGCUGUUCUUGUUGAGUAUUGCACCUUUAUCAAAUGUUUUCCUUCCAUUUCUUAAUAUUGAACUACAUUAAAGGUUUCAGUUAUCUGAGGUGUCUUUUGAGAUAGUAAGUCUAUAUUUGUAUUCCUGAAAUAGUUUUUAAAUAAAAAAAUAAAAGCAGAAAAACAUAAGUUUAUUAAAUUUAUGUAGGUGUUUUGAAAAACUUCUUAUUUCAAUUGGAAAGCCCAGUAGUACAGCAGUUGAAAAUACAGUUAGUAAAACUAGUUUUAUAUCUGUCUUCAUUAGAGUUUUCAGGGAUUUCACUGGUAAAAGAGUUUACAGUGGGAUUUUUUUUUUUUUUUCUAAAUUAGGACUAAUUAGAAGUUGUUAAUUUCAGCCAUUAGCUACAGAUUUUAACCCAUUCCUGUAUAGCUACUAAUCAGUGACAGCUCUGUCAAACUAACUCAAGGAAGGCUGAGUUUGCUUUCAAAUGGGCAAUAAUAGUAUUUUCAGCAGGAUAUUUUAAUACUGUCUUUUGAAACUGGUCAUUUUGAUUGAUAGGAUGGAUUGAUAAUGCGUGGUGGGCAGUUGCUAUCCAUAUUUUUCCUUAUGUUCAUGACUUACAGUGAAAGCUUAUAAUAGCUUUCUGUGUAUAUGACUUACGUUAAAUGGCAUUAUUAUGUUAGGUUUGAAACUAAGUACAAUGAGAGUGUUGUUCUGACUCUGACCUAAUAAUCUUCAUUUUCAGCAAACUCAGUAUUAGGGCCUUCCUGCUGUUUUGGUUUUUGACAAAAGACGUGUUAAUCUUUUUUCAAGAUAUUUACUAUUUCUUAUGGCACUUUGUAGAGCUUGAACAGGUGUUUUUUUGGCGUUAAAUUACAGCCCUUUAAAAAAUAAAAAGCAAGAAAAGAUAAAUAAAAAGCUAACUAUUCUUGAAAUGCCAUGGAUUUUUAAGCAGUGGUGCCCCUGUGGUUACAAGAAAUACACUGCAGUUUUAUUUACUGAAGUUAUGAAUUGUAACAUUGUUCCUGUGUUUAAUAGAAUGUGAUGAGAUUUUUCUAUAAGAUCUUGUGAUUUUUAGUACAAUAAUAUUUUAUAAAUAUAUUGUCUUAUUUGAAAUGUAAAUUGCAUAGUUCUCUAAUGGGUGCUUGGUAAAUGCACAAGAGAUUUAGCUUUGAUUCUCAGGUACCUCUGAUGUAAUGGUGACAUACUGGUAUUUUUUUUCCUCAUAACACAACUGGAAUGUGAAGGGGCUCUUGCAGAUCUUUACCGCUGUGUGCUAGCAUGAAUUGGCAUUCUUACUGUUUCACUUUGGGAAUGUCUUUAUUCUGACUUGCUUCUUGUAGGAAGCACAUACAACUUAAAAAGGAAAAAAGGAUUUUUAAUUCAAGCAUUUCUUUGAGAUGAAGCCAUGAGAUGCCUAAACAAUAGUGAUUUCCUAUACCCACAAAAUGGAAAAUGAGUACUACAUGCAUUGUUCUGUCAAACCAUUUAACUAAUUCCUGCAGUGCUGUGAGACAAACCAAGAAUCUCUUCUGCGUGUGAUUGAGAUUUUUUUGUUCUGUUUUUAUAUAUGGAAGAGAUUAGGACAAUUUGCUAAGUGCCAUGUAGCCUGCCUUAGCUUUUAGGGUUCUGGUGAGUCUUGUCUAGUUUAGCCUCCUGGGUGCUACAACCCAGAACAAAGGAGGAAAAAUCAAUUCAGUUUUUCUAGCUACUUUGUUAGGUUUUCGGUCAUGCCAAAAAUGAGAGGUGCUGUAGAUAUAAUACUGAUCCAGCAGUUAUUUGGAAAGUAUGGGGCACAAGAAUGCCACUGAAGUCGCAGAGAGCCUGAUAGUUCUAUUGUCAAUGUGUGCAACAUUUCCAGCAUGUUGACUUUGAAAUUGACGUGGGGAGUGUAGCAUGUAGCUGAUCCAGCCUGUCAUGGAGCUGCGCCAGCAUACACUGCACACAUCAACCUAGAAGCUGCAGGCUGGUGCACAGCUUGGGGCAGAGCAAAGUAUUCUGUCGCAAUAUGGUAUUAAGUAGUGGUGUUCCUCUUAGUGGUGUUCUGGUGCUGCAUGUAAUACUUGACCCAGUAUGCUGCUACACGUUUUGCAAACCACCACGUGUCAUCCUAGCAAAAACAGUGAAUUGCUUCUUUGUGUGCAUGCUUUUGUAACUGUCAGUCCCUUUCACUGUGCUUAGGCACUGCUAUUUACUAGUACACUUGCCUUAAGUAAUGUGGUUCAAGAAUGUCUUUUGUAGCUCUUAGUUCCAUCUCUUUGUGGUAAAUAUCAUCAUUGAAAUUCCCUGCUAAAUAAACUUCCUAUCCUAGGAAAAUGAACUUACUGAGCUUAAGCUAAGGUUACUGGAGGAGGAGGGAAGAGUAGUUAAACCGAAUGGCUGAACUGUGACAUGCAUGAAAAUAGAUAAGCAUCGGUAAGGAAGAGUGUUUGUAGAUGAAGUUGUAGGUAGUUGCAUACUCAAAAAUCUAGACAGAAACUGCUGUUAAAAACAGAAAGUUGAGUUCUAUAACUUACUGUAGAAUGGUACAUUUAAUCAGUUUUCUUUCAUUCCAUGCAAGCUUUGAGUUACUCAGAUUCUGUUAGAGCUGUUAUGUAGUAACUGUAAUUUAAUAACUAUGAUUGCAAUAGUAUUUAAGUGCUGAUGGCUCAUUAACAGUUGUUAUGCAUCUUGUUUUUUUUUUCUUUCUAAUCCAGGACUGCAUUAAUUGUGUAUUUAGCUUUACAUGUUUAUUGCAUGGCAUGAUUUCUCAGGGAAAUAUGGAUGACAGCAUGCAUUGUAAGAGCUGGGAAGUGAUUCCUGCUUUUAAAAUCAUUAUGAACUUUCAGGUUUCACUCAAGCACUUCACAUCAAAUGACUUCCACGUUGAAUUGCUUUUGGUUUAUUAAGUGAAUCAUGAUGAAGAUGUUAACAGCAUUGUAAGGUGUCUGUAAAAAGCACUCUGCCCGAUACUUCAUUAGCUUCUGGAUAUACAUCCAUCUCAAACUGAGUCUGCAAGUUGUGAGGCUUUUUUCCUGCUUUAGAGUAAUAUGUGCCAUAUACAUUAAUAGUUGCCUGAGACACAACAGCAAUGUCUGUUUCCAGAGUUAGACAAUGCUAUAAUAAUACAGUCUGAUUCUGGUGUAGAGUACCAGUAUAAAUAUUCUAACAUAUUUACUUGUAUCAUUAAAUUUUUACACAGUGUGCUUACUUUGGGGAUUUUUGUCUGCUUUUCCAGUAAAGUUACUUUGUCUAGACUGGGAUUUGAUCCAAAGCCCACCAGCAUUAGAGGUAGCAUUAAUAAAAUAAAACUAUUGAAAUCCUCAGCAGUCAGGUUGACCUUUAUGCCUUUGCAGUGUUUUUAUCUGCAGCAUACAUAGCAAGUAGUUUCCUGAAAGACUUAACUAAUAUAAAAGUUGAGGGAUUUAGUGUUGGCAAAAAUGGUAAACAUACCGCUGUUACUGAUCACAAAAUAUAUUUCCCUACAGCCAGCAUGCAGCUUAAUUAUUUAGCAGGUGGAUUUGUCUUGCUAUAUGACUUCUCUUCAGAAUCAGCAGUGCAGGAAAUGUUGACCACUUUGCUUAGUUGUAUACUAGAAGAAUAUUUUUUUUGUCCAUAGUGAUCCUCAAAGCUGUGAUCGCAUUCUCAACUUCUUGAUGAUUUCAGAUUUGACAUUUCCAGUUACUUUGCAAAGAAAGCGAUUCCUAGCUAGUGCAACUGCUGUGAUUGUACUGAGUGCCCUGACCAUCUGUACUGUCACAGACCUAACAUAAAACAUGUAAUUCUUACAUACGUAUAACCAUUCAGCUAUGUCUUCUCAGCGUCCUUCCAGCUGAUGUAUUGCAUCAUUACACUGGGUAUUAAUGGGCAACUGGACAACUUACAGAAUGCCCAUCAUGGUGAGGAAUCCAUCUAGAGUUUCACCUAGUUGUCACCUCCUACUUUUUAAAAGCAUGAAAGGUUUUUCUGUGAGGAUUUUGAAGAAAACAGCUGUUAGUUCUUCAGCUGCUGAGUUAAUAGUUGAGUAUGUUUCUCAGUUUCUAAACUUGUAUCUGGAUUUCUCCUGUUUUACUUAACUUUUGACUUUUGUUAGUGGAGGUGCGCCGUUCUUUGUGUUUUCCAUGGAGUUUAUGUGACUCGGUACUGGAAUGGCCUCAGAAAUAACAGUGCAGAGAAGCUUGCAUGACUUUGAACACGUUCCAGAAGUUUUGCCACACUUCAUUAAAAAAAAAUAAUUAUCAAGCUGAGGAGAAAGUAGCCAUAUAGUGUAGAGUUAACUUUAUAACGUGCAAAUUACUUUGCUUUCAUUACGUAUCCUUCCGUGUAUUGCUGAUGUCGCUGGCCCUCAAGAUUUUUUUUGGCUGUUAAAUGUGAUGCUUCUCUCCUCUCUAAAUGGAAACUUUUUGAUGUAAAUUAGACUAGAUCCUCUAUCACAAGGAUUGAUUUCUAACAUAUUUCAGAAUCUCUUCCUUUUAACCUUUAGCUAAAGGAACAGGGGUUUUCCACCCAAACAGAAUCCUUUUCCCAUGUGAGAGGAAAGCAUUAGAAAUAAAAAUUGAAAAUAAAAAAUCCUAUUGACCAGCAUAGGGGAUUCAGCUGCAAGAUCGUUGAGGUAAUUGCCUGUAUAGCACAGUUAAAUAUAGGGCAAGCUUAGGCAAUAAUUGUGCAAUGGAUUCAUCUCUCUGAUUGUGUUUUAAUGUAGAAGGUAGGAAUUUGAAAUCUCAUCAUUUUUGGAGCAAUAGUGGACAUGCUGUGGAUCUUGGUUGUGUUUUGGGAUUCUUAGGUUGGUGUGUUCUGUUUGUUUUAUGAAGACCUACAUGUUCCAUGUACAAACCAGUUACAAAUGGAUGGUCUGCCUAUUAAUUGAAAAAUCUGAGAGCCAUUUACACAAAGCCAUCAUGAAAGCUUAGGUAUGAAGGCUUAGCUGUUCAAGUCCAGGUUAUCUGAAUAGAAUUAGAUAAGCAUAAUGAGCAUGCAAUACCAACUUCAGUACUGUACAACUGAGUGAGUCCUUGUGAAGAUGUAGGACUUAUUCAGGUUGUCUUUGGGAUGGGUAUUAGUAAAACAAAAUCGCAUCUCAAACUUUUGUUUAGAUAUUUAUACUGACUGAUUUGCUACAUUUCUAAAACUCGUGCACUGAAAGAUGCAUGAAACCGAUUAGUGUGUCCUUUUGGCAUUACAUCUUGUAAUUAAUUUCAGCUCUGUAAUUUGAAGGGAACUCUGAAAUUGCUUUAACUGAAAAACUUUAACGUGACAAAAACUUUUGUUUGCACGAAGUUUGUAUGAUAAUUCAGAUGUUCUGAGAGCACAGAUAGUUCCAGGUGUACAUUUGUUAGGAAUUGUGUUAUGCAUAAGAUUUUAAACAUUUUCCUUAGUAUCACCAGAACCUGAACUGCCUGAUGCAUAUUGCAUUUGCACCUAAGUAUUUGAUUUCAGAAUGUGUUAAACUAUGUCUAUUUUUUAUAAGAAACAUCAUUCUAAUCCAAUUUCCGUUUAAUAAGUAUGUUCACACAGAGGAAAAUCAUAAUCGUGGCUUGAUGCAGAGAUUUAUGCAAGAAAACAGCAGGAUGGCAGUAGUAACUCUGAAAUGAAGAUGCAAGUCUCUUCAGAAACUCUGGCUUCUUGUUCUUUCCUCACUUCUGUACUAAAUAAGUGGCUUCGUUAUUCCUGACUUAUACAGGUGAAGCAAGGACCAGAUCUUUUGCCCUUUUGUUUUUUAGAAGUGAACAUUGACUUUUGCCUGUAAUGUCUCUGUCACAUCACUUCAUUUUCUGAAGGGGAUUCAGUUAAAUGAGAAGUAUAAAAUAAGUAUUUUUAAUUAAAAUCAAAUUUAAGCUAUUAAUAAUUUUGAAAUUCUCAAUAUGAAUAGAGAUCUAAUGAAUGAAAAUUAUAGGCCUAUAUUGCAAAUACCAAAUACUGCUUAUAUAUUUUUAAACAAAAUUGGUAUAUAUGUGAUUAUUUGAAACGUGUAUAAAAGUGAUAAUGGGGAAAUCAUUCUUAUGUUGAUUGAUUAAUAAAUGGAAAUCGUUAAUAUCCAAUACCAAAACCCUAUAAAAGGGCUAGUGAAAAGACAAUGUAAUGUAUUCUGAUAAACAGCCUGUGUAAUACAAUCAAUGGGUGUGAUGUUUUUGUUCUGUAUUUAUUAUGUGUAAGUAAGCCAAUAAAGAUUAUAAAUCAUAUUUUCAUAACAGGAA